AAUUCAAAAUGUCGGCCGAAGGAAGCUAAAUACUUAUCAAUGUCCGAUUUUCUCGAAGAAAAGUCUGCAAUGCCCCUGCAUAUUUCUCCUGUGGAUGCUCCUCGAGAAGGAGAGAAUUCAGAUUCAGAAGAGGACGAGUCAGUGGUACCAGCAAUCAUGGAAACCUCCAGUAGUGACGACGAAGACAACUUAGACGGUGAGGAUGAUCUUAAUCAAGGCUAUAUUCAACUAGCUCAGGAUGAAAACGACGGGCUACAACCUGCAGAACAAUGGCUAGCUAACACAGGGGAGGAGGAGGCUAUAGAUGUAAACAAUGCAGUAAUUAUUAAUUCAAGUGAAAGCAGUACCUCAUCAUCGUCAUCAUCAUCAUCAUCAUUAUCAUCAUCAUCUGCUGACAGAAGUGCUGAGCCAGAAAUGAAACAAGAACAAGUAGAUCUCAUCAGACAGGUGAUGUCAGGAAUUAGUCUUCCCUCAUCAGCUGUACCGGAGUGGGCCAAGGUUGUACCAGAAGAAAAAUGGAAAGCAUCUUUAGUUUCAAGUAUAAAAAAUAGAACUUUUUCAGAGCCAGACAGUGGAAAAAGCAAUUAGAUUAUAAUUUAACUGGUAUUUUACUUAAUUAUUAGACUUCUCCAUAAGUUUUACCCUGUGGUCCCUAAAAGUGACUAGCAUGUAAUUCGUCUGACACAAUAUUACCCUGGAUCAAAUAGUAAGAUCACAAGAGUAAAGGAUAUGAACAUCAACCAGAGAAGCUGUUGAUUACUAAACAAAUUCUCUCUGUCAGCAUCUUAGGAAAUAACUAGAGAACAGUAUAGAGAAUACGAUUACUGAUGUUAGGGUUAAAGAGUUAAUACAUUUUGUAUGAUGAGUAUUUUGGAAAAAGGGUUUUGUUGUUUAAGUAAUAAUUUAAUUGGGCACCCAAGAUCAGUCACAGUACAGACUAAUUGAUGAGGAAUUGGAGUUUAUCUCAGCUUGCUACACAACAAUUCACCAUUUCAGUCAAUGAAAAAUGUCAUAACCAUAAAUGUGCUCUUCAGGAUAGGCUGUAUUGUGAUUGUUCAGAAAUAGUGGGUGGUUGAAGUUGAAGUAGCUGUGCAUUGCAAAUCAUUGUUGUAAAAUAAUUGUUUUAUAUUUCAAUAUUAUGAGACAAGGAGACCUCUUUUCUGGAAAAAAAAACAAUUUGAGGCCUGGGUGGUCCUGUCCAGAAAAAAAAGUUUGACCAUAUGUACAGACUUUGGUGCCAUCUGCAACUGAACCUAGUCAACAUUGUUUAUAGAGUCAUUUACUGUGUAAGACUACCACACAUGUUUCAAUGAGAUUAAGAAAAACUUUAACCUUUAUUUGAAAA